UCUUAAAACAUUUGCCCAGGACCUGUAGCGUUUCACUCACUGUGCACAUUUGAACCGAGAUACACCUUGGAAGACUCUGGAAUAUCUUCAUACUACGACUCUUUUUUACAUUUGAAACUUUUCCGGGCUUUUAUUAUUUUAUCUCCCUCGGAGCGAAAGCGCUCGUGUGACUUUUCCUGUCGGUAACUUGCUCCUUUUUUUUUUUUUUUUUUCCUUUUUUCUUUCUUCUUCGGACUUUUGGGGCCACAUGCAAUGACUAUUAAAAGGAAAAAGAAAUGUUCUUAAUUGGUUUGGUUGUGGCCGCGUGAAGGUGCUUUUUUUUCUUUUUGAGUUUGUAUUUUGGAGCGGUUGAGUGGCUGGGACAGACUGUGUGAUCAAUGCGGUGUCAGCUGGAAGGACGCGCGGUCCGGAUCUCACCUAAACGCUGAUACGUCUUGGGAGUGAUGCUCUGGCUUCCCCUGGUUGCCAUGGUGAUUGCCUCGGCCCUGCCCUUCCCUCACAACCCCGUGUCUGGAAUUGCUGCCGCACAGACCGCACAGCCCGGGUCCCGCGACAGCAGGAAGCCCCGGCGAGACCCAGCUGCCCGCCUCGCGGCUCCCGGAGGAAAUGCUUCACGAGUGGACUACGGCACCGCCGCCGCCGUCAGCGGACAGGACCGCCAGGAUUACGUGAGGUCCCCCUUUCACAAAGAGACGUCCGCACUUACAGCGGAGAGUCCAGCGGCACGCCGGCCGCAGAGCAGCUCAGGCGGCGAUGGCAGACGCGGCGUCGGUUCGGACGUUCCUGUCACAGGAAGAACAGUCCAGGAUUUUUCCGAGGAUAACUCUCUACCAAAGCAAGAGUACCCGGGCUUUGAGGACGUUUCCAAACACCCUCAGGACUCCGCCGGUGCUCUGUUGAACGCUUCCACACACGGACCCGAGCCACUCGCUCCUUCAGGACAGCUGAGAGACGCGGCGAGGCCUGGGAAAGGUCCGAGCGAGGAGAGCCCGGCCCUGGACGCCGGGCUACAUCUGGAGAGGGACGAGAUGUUCCUGGACGCGCACCCACGAGUCCUGUUCUCGCCCUCGCUGUCGCCGCCGGAGCACCCGCCCCUGCUGCUCCUGCUGGAGACGGGCCUGCCGGAGGAGGACGGGGACGCGGACGAGCAGGAGGACGCGCACAUCGAGGGGCACGGCGACCGCGCCAUCGACCGGAGCACGACGACGCAGACCUGGGACCGGCCCGUCCGGAGAGAGAAGCGCUCCCACCUGGUGGACAGCCGGAGGGGGGAGCGGUCGGUGUGCGAGUCGGCCAGUAACUGGGUCAUCAACAAGACGAGCGCCGUGGACCUGAACGGGCAGAACGUCACCAUCCUGCAGGAGAUCCAGACGCAGAGGGGGCCCAUCAAGCAGUACUUCUACGAGACGCGCUGCGGCCAGUCCAAGGACCGGGGCGACGGCGGCAGGACGCGGGGCGGCGCCGCGGCGGCGCCGGCCAGGAACACGGAGCUGGGCCUGGCGGGCGCCGGCUGCCUGGGCGUGGACAAGAAACAGUGGCGGAGCGAGUGCAAGGAGAAGCAGUCGUACGUCCGCGCGCUCACCAGGGACGCCAACAGCCGGGUGGGGUGGAGGUGGAUCCGGAUAGACACGUCCUGCGUGUGCGUGCUGCUGUCCCGAACCAAUCAGGGGAGGGAGGUCCUGACCAGGAAGGGGCGGGGCUAAAGGCGGGACGAGUAGAGACGUGACAGAGAGCAGAGCAGCUACGCCAUUUUUCUGGGUGCACUUUUACUUGCAGGCCAUGUGAGGUUAACUGUGCCUUAAUACGGUCCGUGGACUUCGCGGCCAUCCGUUUUUUGUUUUGAAAUGACAAAAUAAAAAUAGAGAAAUAAUCCAAAAUAAUACGUUUCCCAUCUUUUGUUUUGAUAAUAAAAAAAGGAAAACGGAUCGUUAUCAAUCCGUGUAUCAUUCGUUCUUUCCAUUUUCAAUUGGCAAUCAAAAAUCAAAACAUGAAAAAGUGACUGGUUAUUUUGUUAUUUGUUUUUUAUUAUAACACAAAAAACGGAAAAACGUCUGCUUUUUCAUAUUUCAAUUUUAGGCACAGAUCAAAAAUAAGAAAUAGAAAA